AAGACAUUUCAAACUCUGCUGCCGCCUUCUAGUUCUCCCCUCAUUUCUCGCUCUCUCUCUCUCUUUCUCUCUCUCUCAGACGAAGAUAUAAUCUGGAACUUCCACGUUUUUCUCAGACCUUUCCUCUUCGUUACACUACGAACACUUCAUCGUCUCUUUUCUUGUUCUUGUUGCUGUUCUUCUUCUUCUUCUUCUUUUUCUUUUUGUGAUAUUCUUUUUCCUCUCCUCCUCCUCCUCCUCCUCCUCCUUCUUGGUCUUUGGCGUCCUAGUUAGAGGCGCAUAUAACCUCAGAGACGUUUAGUGAGGCGAUUUCCCUUUUGCUUCCCGCCUUCCCCACGUUCGUCUUGCCGGAAGGAAAGACUGACGACGUAAAAAUGCCUACGUUCAGCACUAUUGCGCUGGAGAAUCUGCUCGAGCCGGACGUCACUCGGCCUACCAAACAGAAAGACUUGAAGCCCAUGUUCCAAAUUCGGCGGCAGCCAGAAAAGGAAACGCAGAAGAGCGCGGGUUAUCGUGUGAAGAGGCCACAGCACGUGUACUUCUGCCCCGCCCUCUAUACCACGCCUGAGCCCACCCCGAUUCCUGACCCGCCCUCUUCCUUCUCGCCAUCCCCCUACGUGAUCAACUACAAGCGGCGGGAACCCCUUCCACAGAAGACCGAUGGUCCGGUGGCCGGAUUAGGUGGGCCGGUGGGUUCUGAAAAGAACGCGGUGUUUGGGGACGUGGGAGAUCUAGGUGCUGGUUCGAUGACGGAGGAUGAUGGUUCAGAGGCCCGGAAGAGGAAUGAUGAUGGUGGUGAGAGUGCGGUUGAAUUGGACAGAAAUGUUGAGAUUGGUGUAGAGGAGGGGUUUGUGAUAGACGAUCUGCCGGCUGCCCGUGAGGAGGAUCCCUUAGGGGGGAGGGUUGAUGCAGAAAAUGAAUGUGCGCAUUCUCCUUUAGUUUGCCAGACCGAGUUCUUUGAUGCCAACGAUGAAUUUUCCAGGGAUGGUUCACCAUCCAAAGGAUCCCCAUUUUUCCAUCCAGGCCUACUAGCUGAACUUGAUGCUCUUAGAUUGGACCUGUCAUUGGAAGUUGAGAAGCGAAAGAAGGCAGAAGAAGCUAUCGAGCACAUGCAUGCUCAGUGGAAGAGGAUUGCCAAGCAGUUGUCUCAAGUAGGUUUUGCAUUUCCUAUCCCUGAUGAGUCUGGAAAUUUUAUACAAGGGAACGAUGGCAUCGAGUUGUUGCUCCAGCAAAUUGCUGUUGCAAGGCUUGUUGCUGAGGCUGUUGGAAGGGGUGUUGCUCGUGCUGAAGCUGGAGCAGCAGCUGAGGCCCUUAUUAAUGCCAAAAAUGUGGAAAUUGCAAGGCUUCGUGAUAGACUACAGUAUUAUGAAGCUGUGAAUCAUGAAAUGACACAGAGAAAUUUGGAGAACUUCGAGGCAGCUCGCAGAUUUAGACAGAGGAGAAGGGUGGUAAAGAAAUGGUUUUGGAGUUGUCUUGGGUUGUCAGUGUCGGUCGGAGCUUGCUUACUUGCCUACUCGUAUCUACCUCACGUGGGUUCAAGAUCAUUAGCAUCCACUGGUAGCUUGGCUGAUUUGGAAACAAGCAACCUGGAGAGCACGAGCGAGCCUUAGCCCACUACCUAGCUGAAUUUCGUCGAUGAUCCAUUUCUGUAUCUCAUUGGGCGUCGAAUUUACAGGUGAAGUGAAACUGUUUUAGCGUGCUAACCUUAGGCAACCAUUAACCAGCCAAUGCUAACUGUUGGCAACAAAAGAGUCGUCGUCGUCUGUACAAGAAAGAUACAUUGAUCCAGCAGCUCACUGUAAACUGAGUUGCAGACUGCCCUUUGCAGUCUCUGUUGUUUCAUGUUGCUUACAGGAGGAAGAAGAAAAAAUAGAAUUCUUUCUCCAUUAAUUCCUUGUCAAUAGCAAAUGAUACGACAGAAUUUAAUCCA